AUGGAGCAAGAAGGAUCCGGGGAACUACAGGCUGCCAGCCUGACCUCGGUGCCGGGGAAGGUGAUGGAGCAGGUCAGGUUGAGUGACAUCGCGCAGCACAUACACGAACUGCAGAUGAAGGAGAAGGUAUUACGAGAUUCCAGGAAGAAGGAAACAAGACCGAAGGCAGUGGAAGGGAAAAAAAAUCUUCUGUGUGGAAAAUGCAAAGCCUAUGCCUGCAGUACAGAUGACAUCAGACUCAUCAAGGAAUCUCAUCACACUGUCCUAGGAGAUGCCUUCAAGGAGCGUUACAUAACAAAACCUCACCGGAAACCAAUCUGCUUCGACUGUUUUGAGAAAAAAAGCAAGAUGCAUUGUCAAAAUGCUAACUGCCAGCAUGACUGGGGAAUCAUAGUGAAGUACAAGACAUUUGAUAAUCUACCAGUGAUCAAAAUCAAAAGCUUUGUAGUAGAGAACGUUGAAACUGGGACACAAAUGGAUUUUCAGAAAUGGAAAAAUAUUAAUUUUUCUUUAAAGAAUUUUGAUGUUGAAGAAACGUCCAACUGA